AUGGAAAGGGAUCGAGUUGCUGGAUCUUGCAACUCCCCUCCCUAUUUUGACGGCAAUAACUAUGCUGCAUGGAGAGAAAAAUUUGAGAUAUUCCUUGAUGCUCUUGAUGAGUAUGCAAGUGGGUAUCUCACAAAAGAGUGGGUUGCUCCGGUCAAGACUGUUGAGGGUGAACUUGUGUCCAAGCCUAGGUCAGAAUGGACUGAAGCUGAGGUGUUUGCUGCAUAUUCGAACAAGAAGGCCAGAAAUGCCUUAGUUACAGCUUUGUCUAGCACACAAUUUGCACAUAUACAGCACAUCCCUAAUGCUAAACAAGCUUGGGAUAAACUAAGGGUAGUUCAUGAAGGGGAUGACCAAGUUAGAACCCUAAAACUUCAGAUGGUGCUUGCACAAUUUGAAGAACUUAGAAUGUCUGAAUCUGAGUCCAUUUCUGAGUUCUAUGGAAGAGUUGAGAUGAUCACAAAUGAAGCCAUGAGUCUAGGUCAACCCAUUGAAGAGCUUCUUGUUGUUCAGAAAAUUCUUCGUGUUCUACCAUCUAGGUUUAGAGCAAAGAAAACCGCAAUCAUGGAGGUCCAAAAUUUAAAUGAAAUUAAGCUUGGCAAGCUUGUAGGAAAAUUGAAAACCUAUGAGAUGGAAUUGAAUAUGGAAGAGAAUGACUCCAAAAAAUCAAAAAAUGUUGCACUUCAAGGAGUGCAUGUUUCGUCUCCGAAAGGUGGUGAUAAAUCCUCAGGUUUUGAGGAUGAGAUGGCUUUGUUUGUCAAAAAAUUUAGGAGAAUUCUUAAGGAUAAGGGAAAGUUUGCUAGAGACGGCAGCUCUGGUAGUGAGAAAAAUUUUAGACCAUCAACUGAUCGGUUUAAUGAGAGGAAUAAGGAUGUCAAACCUUUCACGAAAGAUUUUAAAAAAUCUGUCAAGUGCUUCACAUGUGGAGGCAUUGGGCACUAUGCUGCUGACUGUGCAAACAAUCAGAAAAAAUACUCCAAAGGAAAGGACAAGGCCAUGAAAGUGAGCUGGAGUGAGAGUAAAAGUGAAGGCUCUCAAGAUGAUUCAUCCUCCUCUGAUGAUGAUGACCAACAUGUUGCCUUUGUUGCCUCUGUACAGCCCAUGUCUGAUGAAUCUGAUUCUGAGUCAGAUGACCUGUCAUACGAGUCAUUAGGAAGAAAAUAUGAUUGUUUGUUUAAAGAGACCUUGUCCUUGAAAGAAGAGAGCCUCAAACUUGAGGCAAAUAAACAAGAUCUUCAAAAUGAAAUUCUCAUCUUAAAAGAAACCAAAAAGGAGUUGAGUGACAAAUUUGAGUCUCUAGAAAAAGAAAUUGAUGCUCUUGUGUCAAUUAAGAGUAACCUCGAAAACCAAGUUAAUGUGCUCAAGGAAAGUAACAUUGGUUUCCAGAACUCAAACAAACAGCUCCUAGGUGAAUUGAAUGAAGCAAAUAGGAAGAUUAUAUCUAUGACCAUUGGUGCUUCAAAAAUUGACAAAAUGUUGAAUAUGGGAAAACUUCAUGGGGACAAAGGUGGUCUUGGAUUUAAUCACUUUGGUUCUAGUUUGUCUAGUUCUACCACUAAGUUUGUCAAAUCAGAAAAUCCAGUCACGAUUCCUCUUGAUGUUCAGCAGGUUGUCAAGAAACCUAAGUUUGUUCCAACUUGUCACAGGUGUGGGUUGACUGGUCAUAUUCGACCAGUCUGUCAUAUGUAUAGCAAAGAUAAGACCAGAAAAUUGUCUCCAAAAUCUAAAAGGAAUCCCAGAUCUUUGCAAGAUCAAGUUGAUCAUUUGCUGAAUGAGGUCACUAAGAUAGCCAAACUUGUCUCCCUCAAAAUGAGUUCCCCUAUUGUGCCUAAGUCUACUUGGAUUGCAAGAGGUCAUACCAAAUCUCUUGUUGUGCUAAAUGCUUUUGCUGCUUCAAAUAUCAACUCUUGGUAUUUUGAUAGUGGUUGUUCCAAACAUAUGUCUGGAGAUAAAAAUGUUUUCUCAUCUCUCAGCCCCUUUGAUGGAGGCACUGUGACUUUUGGUGGAGGUCAUAGAUCUCAAGUUGUUGGAAAAGGUACUGUUUGUAUCCCUGGUCUGCCCGAGCUUAAGAAUGUUAGAUUUGUUGAGGGUCUCACAUCCAAUCUCAUUAGUGUGAGUCAGCUGUGUGAUGAUGGAAUAGUAGAAGUCAGAUUCUCCAAGCAUGGCUGCAAAAUCAUUGGAAAAGGUGGAAAUGAGAUUGUGAGCGUGGCAAGGUCUAGGGACAAUUGCUUCUGCAUUGAUGGUGUCAACGAUGCAAAAGAAAUAGUUUGCAACAAGGUUGUAAAUGAAACAAGUAUUUUGUGGCAUCAAAGGCUUGGACAUGUUAAUUUUAGAGACUUGCAUAAGUUGUCCAAGAGAGAGCUAGUAAGUGGCUUACCAAAGCUGGAAAAAUCUGAUGAGCAUGUUUGUGAAGGAUGUCAAUUAGGCAAACAGGUUAGAGUGUCACACAAAAAGGUCAAACACAUUCAAACAAAUGUAAUUCUAGAACUUGUUCACAUGGACCUUGUUGGUCCUAUUCAAACCGUGUCCCUUGGUGGAAAGAAAUAUAUUCUUGUCAUGGUUGAUGAUUUCUCUAGGUUUACUUGGGUCUCAUUUCUACGUGAAAAAUCUGAAACUUUUCAAAGGUUUAAGUCUGUUUGUCAUCUUUUGCAAAAAGAGAAGAUGACUAGUCAUCUGCCUCUUGUUAGAAUUAGAACAGACCAUGGCUCUGAAUUUGAGAAUUCUCAGUUUCUGAAAUUUUGCGAAGAGAUGGGAAUUAAACAUGAGUUCUCUGCACCUAUUACACCUCAGCAAAAUGGUGUUGUGGAGAGAAAGAAUAGAGUGCUUGUAGAGAUGGCAAGGGUGAUGCUAAAUAGCAAAAUCUUGCUAAACACUUUUGGGCUGAAGCUGUCAAUACAGCUUGUUACAUCUCAAACAGGGGAGCAUCUUGCUAAGUUUGAUUCUAAGUGUGAUAAGGGAAUCUUUCUAGGAUAUUCCACUUCUAGCCGAGCCUAUAGAGUGUACAAUUGUAGGUCCAGAACCAUCAUUGAAUCCAUAAAUGUCACUAUUGAUGAUUUUGCUGCCUCUAUAGAGAUGGCAUUAGAUGAGGAUGGUCUUUUUCCUCCUCCUUCACUUGUGCAAGAAUCUCCAGGUCUGGAUCUUGUGGUUGACCUGUCAACUUUUGAAAAUUCUGUUCCGGUUGACCUGUCAACCCCUUCAACUUCUAGUUCCAUCUCCUCUGUCCAGGCUGACAGCUCUCAUACUGAUCAUAGUUCUCUCACUCCAUCUGCGAGUGUCAUUAUUGGCCCUCUUAAUCAAGGAGUGAGAACUAGGAAACAACUUGCUCAAGAAAUUAGCCAUGUGUGUUAUGUUUCCAAGGAAGAGCCUAGAAAUGUGAAAGAAGCCUUGCACCAUGGUGAAUGGUUUCUUGCAAUGCAGGAAGAAUUAAAUCAAUUUGUGAGAAAUGAUGUUUGGUACCUUGUUCCAAGACCAGUCCACACUAAUGUCAUAGGCACUAAGUGGAUUUUCAAGAAUAAAACCGAUGAACAAGGUAAUGUGGUGAGAAAUAAGGCUAGAUUGGUUGCUCAAGGAUACACUCAAAUGGAAGGCAUUGACUUUGAUGAAACUUUUGCCCCUGUUGCACGAUUAGAAUCAGUUAGAUUGCUUCUUGCCAUUGCUUGUCAUUUGAAAUUUAAACUUUAUCAAAUGGAUGUCAAAACUGCUUUUUUAAAUGGUGUCCUAAAUGAAGAGGUCUAUGUUGAGCAGCCAAAGGGUUUUGAAGAUCCACAUCAUCCAAAUGAUGUGUUUCGAAAUGGGUAUGUUCGAGGGUCCGUUGAUAAAACAUUGUUUGUGAAAAGGUUUAAAAAGGAUGUCUUGAUUGCUCAAGUGUAUGUUGAUGAUAUUGUGGUUGGUUCUACAUCUGAUUUGCAUGUUCAAGAUUUUAUUCAUGUCAUGACUAGUGAAUUUGAAAUGAGUCUUGUCGGUGAGCUUAAUUAUUUCUUAGGUCUCCAAAUUAAACAGAGCCAUGAUGGGAUCUUUGUAUCCCAAUCUAAAUAUGCAAAAAAUCUUGUGACAAAAUUUGGUUUGGAAGGAGCCAAAUCUGCAAGAACCCCAAUGAGCACUAGUGCUAAGAUUCAUAAAGACUUGCAUGGCAAAAGUGUGGAUCAAACUCUCUAUAGAAGCAUGAUAGGAAGUCUUCUCUACUUGACUGCUAGUAGACCUGACAUUUCUUUUAGUGUUGGUGUAUGUGCUCGGUUUCAAAGUGACCCAAAAGAGUCUCACUUGUUUGCUGUUAAGAGAAUUAUAAAAUAUGUGAGUGGGACUAGUGAAUUUGGGUUGUGGUAUACCUAUGACACUUGUGUCAAUCUUGUUGGGUAUAGUGAUGCCGAUUGGGCAGGUUGUAGUGAUGAUAGGAAAAGCACUUCCGGGGGGGUUUUCUAUGUAGGCAACAAUCUUGUUGCUUGGCAUAGCAAAAAACAGAAUUCUGUCUCCUUAUCCACUGCUGAAGCAGAGUAUGUUGCCGCUGGGAGUUGUUGUACUCAACUCCUUUGGAUGCGACAAAUGUUGGAAGACUAUGGUCUUGCUCAAUCAUGUUUUCUAAUCUAUUGUGACAACAUGAGUGCCAUAGAUAUUUCAAAAAAUCCUGUUCAACACUCUAGGACUAAGCAUAUCGACAUUCGGCACCAUUUUAUUAGAGACCUUGUGGAAGACAAAAUUUUAACUUUGGAAUUUGUUCCCUCUGAAAAACAGCUAGCAGAUAUACUCACCAAGGCCUUGGACUUUUAG